UCGCUCAGUAAACACGCACUUUCACCAGUGAUAAGUCUGGAAGAUAGUGUUCAGUGAUUUGUGUUAACCUAUUUGGAAGCAAGGAUGCAUCAAAAAGUAGCAGGAUGGGCGCUUUUGGCCCUUAUCAGUUCAUCAGCAGUUCUUCACACAUUGGCGUACCCUCAACAUGCACCUCUUAUAUCACAGGCCACAAGCAACGUCCGAACACAAAAUCCUCAGUACUACAGCAACUCGCUACCUCUGCCCCAAGAGCAAAUGGUACAAGAGCGCAAGUUUGCUGAAAAACCCAAUGCAUUGAAAAAAGUAGCCCUUGACGACAUCGACGAAAUUCAGAACAACUCUAUUUCAGAUGGCGGCUUUUCGUGGUCAAAUAUGCUUGGGAUGAUAAUGCAAAUGAUUUUCAAUCCUGGCACCACUGGACCAAACAAGAGUGACAACAUUGACACAGACUCUGUUGCUCCAUCUCCAUGGGCUAACCUUCUUUCAAUGGGCCUCAAAAUCUUAACAGCCAUUCUUGGGGGAGGUGCUUCUAGUGACGGAAUCGAUAAAGUUGAUAAUGGAAACUCCCCAAUGCAGAGUAUUUUGGCUGCGGUUCUGUCGACGAUGCUCGGUGCCAAAGAUCCCGACCAAGUCGCCUCCAUGGCAAAGCAAGCUGGCGAGUUCAUUAACAUCGUUGUGAACCUGUUGGAUGCGUUGAAGACAUCAUUCUCUCACCGAUCCCUGACCGCACGCUCCAUGGGACGUAAAGACUCAGUCAGUGACGCAGCGCUAGCCGGCAUUGCCAUGAUGAAAACCUAUGUGAGGUCCUUCGGUACUAACGACGACAAAUGUCUUCAAAAAUACGUCUGCGAUGCGAAUAGCGAAUGCUCCACAGAUAUUGGACCCAAGAGCGUCUUCUGUCAACUCGGAACGUACGCUGCCAGUUUCGUCCUAGAGAGACAAUCUGGCGGAACAUCCCAACAAUUCUACGAAGCAGGACGUCGAGGCAGGUCUGGCGUUGAUUGCCGCGAAUUGUAUCUUCAAUGCAAUGAAGUGUAACACGCAAAUCAUGCAAAAACCAAAACGAUAAUAUUGUAACGAAAAAUUCCUGUAGAUAUUCAAAAAAUUACGAUUCCAAACUUUAGACAGUUCACAAUUUCCCAUUUCAAAGUUAAUGUUAAAAAUUUAAAUGGUUCGUAAAAUGUAGUACAGCAGAUGCUCAACCCAUUGUUGUGGAUAAGAAAUAUUCUCGUAAUUUAUUUAAAUUAUUUAUUUAUUUAACUUAUUUCUAGUGGUAACUUAGGCAUUUUUAAAUUCCACUCCCAGUGAAAACUUCCGUCCAUACG